AUGAUGCGGAAGGCUGUAAAACUUAGUAUAAGUAAUGACAAGCCAAAAUUAGAUGUAGUUUAUGAAAAACAGAUACUCCAGAAGAAUAUCGUCCACCUCGAGCAUCCCGUGGAGCACAACCGAAAACACAAGGUGUUUCGGAAAGCUCCCAAAGGCUUUCCAUCUACGGCUACCGUGGAUAAAUCUUCCAAUAAAACGAACUUUGGUCGGUGA